AAACUCCAUACACGCUGUAAGGAUUUUAAUUUUUUGGAUAUGUCAAGAAGAGAAAUUAACACCAUGAUUUUGGGACAUAAUGGAAUAAGAAAUAAAAUUGCGAAAGAAUGGGAUAUUGCCAACAUGAAUAUACUGCAUUGGAGCCGGGAGCUAGAGAAAUUGUCGAAAUAUUUUCUAAUAGAUUGUCAAGUCAGAAGAGAUCCUUGCGAUUUCUUGGUAUUCAAAGACAUUACAAUUGGUCAGAAUGUCUUCUUCUCAAAAGCUUCUCCGGGAUCAAGAUGGGUUGGAAGAACAAUACGUCAUUGGUAUUCCCAAUUAGGUUAUGAUAUUAAAAACUGGGACCAAUUUAGAGAAGCUGAGAAGAAAAACAUUUCUCUUACAGAGAUUACUCAAAUGAUUUGGCCAUCAGUGGAGUUUAUUGGAUGUGCUGCAGCUAAAAUGUUUGAAGGCUAUAUGGUAACAUGUUACUAUCACCCUUCAAUUUCGAAAAAUUGGAAUGUUUUUUCUCAUGGCAAAGGAUGUACUAAAUGCUCUAGAGAAAGGCUUACUUGUUCGAGGGAUUUCACUAAACUUUGUGGAUUAGAUGUUCCCUACAAUAUUGGACGUGGUCUUGCAAACCAAGCAGUUAUUAUUUAUCUCGUUCAGUUUAUAAUUGUAAAUAUUUUCAAUUCUUUUUAAAUAAAUUAUUAUAAUAAUAAA